AUGGAAACAGACACAAGAUGCAAAGAAAUAUUUACAUCGGAACCCAUUAUAGCUUAUAGCAAAGACAAAAGCAUAGGCGAUAAAGGACAAGAUAGGGGAUCAUUAAAGGCAUUGAUUGAUGAAUCAAAGGGCUUAUUGGAAUCCCACACUCAGAACUAUACUAAACAAAUACUUGAUGGUUUAUGUUUUCUUCAUGAGAAGGGAUAUAUUCAUAGAGACCUUAAAGCUGCGAAUAUAUUACUUGACAUUGACAAGAAGAACAUAAAACUGGCUGAUUUUGGUGUGUCGAGGUUUAGGAACACAAUUUCAAGUGGUCAAGUAAAAACUUUUACAGGCACUAUCUACUGGAUGUCACCUGAAAUGAUUACUAAAGAAGGCUAUGGCACAAAAACCGACAUCUGGAGUUUGGCUUGUGUAAUUUUGGAAAUGUUUACCACCAGAACACCUUGGUCUGAAUUAGAGAGUCAAGCUGCUAUUUUUAAGAUAGGCAACGGUGCAGAAUUCGAUUACAGACUUCCGGAGAAAGUUUCAGAGACUUGCAGAAGAUUCUUGGAUCAGUGUUUUCAAAGAGACCCAGUAAAAAGACCCUCCGCAAAAGUUCUAGUGAACUAUGCAUGGAUUGAACACGUAUCUAAUACACGUCUCUAAAAUUUAGAAUAUCCUGUUGGUAUCGUUUCAAAUUUAAUAUUACGAUAAAAGCAUUUGAACUUGAAAUAAGCCUUCCACAGAGUCUGACACAUCUACGGGUUUUUCAUGUUCAGAUAAUUUACAAGGUAAAAAUUUUAAGGUUUUGGUCGCGAGAAAACUUAAUGACAUCAUUUAUUUUACAAUUGA